CCGGCCGUCUCCGUCCUCCCCGAUCCUCUCUCCUUCCUCCGCCUGCCCGGCGGCGCCCUCUCUCUUCGCCGGCCAUUACUUAGCUGAUUGUCUGACUCGAACCCGAAGAGAGGCACUGCCCACGUCUCAAUCCCCUCCGUCCUCGCCGAUCCCCUCCUUCCUCCGCCCGCCAUUACUUAGCUGAGUGUCUGACUCGAACCCCAAGAGAGCCACUGCCCACGUCUCAAUCCCCGCCCACCGGUCCAAACUAUUCCCCUCCCGGAACCCUCCCUCGCCUCCACCGACCGGCCGGCCGACCAUGCCGCAGCUGCCGGACGAGCUCGUGGAGGAGGUCUUCCUCCGCCUCCCGCCGGACGAGCCCGCGGCGCUCGUGCGGGCCUCCCUCGCCAGCAAGCCCUGGCUCGCCCUCCUCACCGGCCCCGCCUUCCGCGGCCGCUACCGCGAGUUCCACGGCGCUCCCCCGAUGCUGGGCUUCCUCUACUCGCGGCUCGACGGCUCCGGCGCCCCACGCCUCGUCUCCACCUCCAAGUUCUGCGCGCGCAUUCCGGAUUUCACCGAGCCCACGCACCAACGGUUUGAUGCACGGGACUGCCGCCAUGGCCGUGUUCUUCUUGGGAACAAUGACUAUUGUACCCCGGUGCUCCUUGUUUGGGACCCCAUGACGGGCUGCACUCGGGAGCUGGACGGGUCUUGCUUGCCCGAUAGCUUCGAGCUCGCCGUGCUCUGCGCCGUGAGCGGCUGCGACCACCGCGCGUGUCACGCGGCCCCCUUCAGAGUGGUCUGCGUCGGCCUGAACUACAGUGAAGAGGGUGAGUGCGUUGCGGUCGCGUGUGUGUCCUCGCCGGACACAGGUGACUGGAGCAAACCGUGCCCUGAUUUUUGGUCUGAGUGGGAUGAGCGGUGCCCUGGUCUUGAUCUUGUUGCAGCAGCUGAUGCAUUCAUGCGGCCAAUGCCCUCUGUCCUCGUCAACGGCGCACUUCACUUCCUGCUUGGGUACGAAAAUGAUAAUGCCCGUGUAGGAAUUCUCAAGUACAGCUUGAGCUCUGAUUCGUUAUCGUUGAUUGAUGCGCCGCUUGUCGAGUCUGUUGUUUUUCAUGACCCUAUGCUCAUGGCAAUGAAGGAUGGCACUUUGGGGUUUGCACAUCUGGACAGGUUAAUUCUCUACGUUUGGUCCAGAAAAAUAGAUUCCGAUGGAGGUGCCUCAUGGGCUCGUGGUACAGUCGUGCAUCUCAAGUGCCUUCUCCCUAUGGAAGAUCCCAAGAGCGAACCUAUACUGAUUGGGUCUGUGGAGGGCGGUGAUAUCAUUUUCGUGAACACGGAUCUUGGCGUCUACCAGAUUGAUCUCAAGACACUAGAGUGUAAGGAGCUAAUGAAGGGACGAAACUUCUAUUCUUUGAUUCCGUACAUGAGCUUCUACAAUCCGCCAGAAAGGGUGAUCCCUGGUGAUGCGGCACGUCGAGAAUGCACGGUCGAGUAUGCAUGAUGCUACUACUCAUCAACAAGUAACGUGGCAACUUGGAGGCAUAUGGUGUGAUGAACUAUUUCACUACUUAGUAGCCCUUUUGGUGCAGUGGUGCCUGCAUGAUUUCUCAUGUUAGUGUUGGCUUUUGUCUGUUAGUUUGGCAGUUUCCCCGCAUCGUUCGCGUGUCAGUGGGUGAAUUAACUAUCUUGUAGGGAAACAUUAAUUUCUUGCAUCCAUGUGAACCGUUG